AUGGCUGCACACGACGACAAGAAGCGAAAGAGAGGCCAGGAAGGCGCAGACGCCCCCAACAAGAAGGCCUCGAGCGCCGCCAUCAACGUGCGCUUCCCGGCACCUCGCGACGAGCUGUACCCCGUCAUCGGUAUGCGCCCAUCUCCAUCUUUUUAUGAUUGUUCACGUUCUGACGCGUGUGUGCAGNCCGCCGCGCCUGGACUCAAUGUGCCCAUCGCUCCCUUCAAGCCCUUCGUCAAGGUCACCAACCCCAAGAAGGACAGCGCCUCGCCCGCACCCUCGUCACACUCGCUGCUGCUGCAUUCGACAUCACAUGCCCGUCUGGACUUUACCGCCCAACAGCAAUCCAAUCAAGACUUGACCCACUACGUCGCCGUCUAUGAUCCUCAAUCCUCCUCCCUCCAGGUCCUCCCCGCACACGCCGUCACUCUCCGCACCACCCUCCGCGCCGAGGCUCAGGAAGUCGCUGCUCAGAAUGCCGUCCGUACUUUUGCUCAACAACGUGAGGAUCUGGGUCAGGCCUUCGGUACAAAGAAGGCCAAGAAGGCUCUUGCCUCCAAGGUUGAGAACGCCAUCACAUCCAACGCCGACAGGAACCGCACCGGAGGCAAGCUCGAUAACGUCGAGACUGCCGUCAUGGACAGCGUCAAGGAAGCUUCGGAUGCCAUGCCUGCCAAACAGGCUCAGCAGGAGGAAAUCCUGGCAAACAAGCCUAUUCCCAAGCCCAACCUCAAUGCCACCGAGGCCGAAAACGUCUACCCCAUCGGCAUGCUCAUUCCUGCAGCCGACAUGCGCAACUUGGCUGUCAAGGAAUGGCAAGACAGCCAAGGCGAGGAUCUCAAAUUGUCUUCUCGUUUCGUCGCCCAACGUGUCAACCCCAUUGCUGUUCGUGACGACGUUCAAAGACUCAAGGCUCUCAAAUACCUCAUGCUUCUGAUCGAAUUCAAUCUCGCACUCAAACCAGCAGGAAAGGCCGGCAAGAAGGUGCCACAAAAGGACCAACUACGAGCCAAGUUGCAGGACUGGCCAGAGACUCUGAUCGAGAGUGUCAGGAGGAGAUUCUCGGACAAUAACGAACUCAACAAAUGGCACAUGGACAACCUCAUCACACACAUGGCCGCCAUCUCGCUAUUCAUCGAUGGCUACAAGACCGACACACACGAUCUGCGUGAGGACUUGCGUUUGGACAACAAGCAGUACANNAUGUCGCAAUACUUCAUGGAGCUGGGCUGCAAAGUCAACAACCCUACCGAAAAGGAACAAGCAGACUUCAAGAUCCCCAACAAGGCCGUCGCCGCACAACGCAGAGUCGCCAAGUUGAAGAUUCCUCUCGACUUCCCCAAGGUCAGAAUGAUGCCUCGCCGAAGAUGA